CCUCUUAUGAAGCAAUAUAAAGAUUUGUUCUGAAGUUUUAAGCAUAGAAUAAUUGAAAUUACUUAUAUCUUCUGAUUUUAUACUAUUAGAUUAAGUGGAAUGGAGCGAAGUAUUUAUGAAAUGUUGAAAGAUGCUCCAUCGCUAAAUGAUAGUGAGAGUGCAGUUCAUAGUGGAACUCCUCCACCCCAUGUACCAAACAAUUGUAAUAAUGAUAAUCAACCUAGGCCAGCUACGAUAAAUUUAACAUUGGGUAGUCCUACAUCACAAAUGUCUGUAACGGUAUCUCCAAGUACACCUAUUCAAAAUGGGGAUACCCAAACAAUGCGUACUGCUCAAAGUAAAAUUGAAAGCAUUAAAAACUGGAGUAUUUCUACAUAUAAGUGUACAAGACAAUUAAUGUAUGAAAAAUUAGGAAAGACAUCCCGUACAAUAGAUUCAGAACUUGAAACACAAAUUGAAUUAUUAAGAGACACUCAAAGAAAGUACUGUAAUGUUUUACGAUUAUCUAGAGCAUUAGCUUCUCAUUUCCAUCAUGUUGUUCAAACACAACAUGCUUUAGGAGAAGCAUUUUCUGAAUUAGCACAGAAAUCUCCAGAGUUGCAAGAGGAGUUUCUAUACAAUUCAAAAACUCAGAGAAAUUUGACUAAAAAUGGCGAAACAUUACUAGGGGCCUUAAACUUCUUUGUUUCUUCUGUUAAUACACUUUGUAAUAAGACUAUUGAAGACACAUUGUUUACAGUACGACAGUAUGAAACAGCAAGAAUAGAAUAUGAUGCUUAUAGGACAGAUUUUGAAGCAUUAGCGCAAGGAACAAAAAAUGAUAGUAACAAUGCAGCGAGAUUGGAAGCAGCACAGGCUAAUUAUGAAGAGCAUAAACAAAACCUUGAAAAACUGAGAUCUGACGUUUCGAUUAAACUUAAGUUUUUAGAUGAAAACAGAAUCAAGGUAAUGCAUAAGCAAUUACUGUUAUUUCACAAUGCAGUAUCUGCUUAUUUUUCUGGAAAUCAAACUGCAUUGGAAGCCACACUGAAGCAAUUUAACAUAAAGGUUAAAUCACCAAAUUCCUCGUUACCGUCGUGGCUUGAACAGUAGUUAUAUUAGAUGAAGUAAGUCCAAGUUGUCUAACAUGAAUAAAAAAUG